AUGAAUAAGUAUGCGGAGGGUUAUCCCGACAAUCGUUAUUAUCAAGGCUGCAAAUACGUAGACAAAAUAGAAAUUUUGGCGAUUGAACUAGCAAAAGAACUUUUUGGUGCCGAACACGCUAACGUUCAACCCCAUUCAGGGGUUCAGGCUAAUCAAGCGGUUUAUUUAGCCCUUUUAAACCCGGGUGACACCAUAUUAAGUUUAGAUUUAUUGGCCGGGGGGCAUUUAACCCACGGAGCAAAAGUUAAUUUUUCCGGAUCCAUUUAUAAGGUUUACUAUUACAAUUUGGAUUCUAAUACCCAAAAGUUAGACUACGAGCAAAUUAGGAAAAAAGCCUAUGAAGUAAAACCUAAACUAAUCAUUGCUGGUUAUAGCAGUUAUAGUUUACAAAUAGAUUUUGCUAAAUUUCGGGAAAUUGCGGAUGGAGUAGGUGCUUAUUUACUGGCUGAUAUCGCUCAUGUUGCCGGUUUGGUGGCAGUUGGUUUAUUUCCUAAUCCAGCCCCUCAUGCCGAUGUCAUUACUUUUACCACUCACAAAACAUUACGAGGUCCACGUGGGGCAGUAAUUUUAUCCAAAAAAGAGUUGGGGCAAAAAAUAGAUAAAGCGGUUUUUCCAGGCAACCAAGGUGGACCAAAUCCGGCAAUUAUUGCCGCUAAGGCUCAAUGUUUUUACGAGGUCUUACAACCUGAUUUCAAAAAAUAUCAAAAAAGGGUCUUAGAAAACGCUAAAACUAUGGCCGAUUAUUUUUGCGAAAAAGGAGUGAAAGUGAUUAGUGGUGGCACCGAAACUCAUUUAUUAGUUAUUGAUACAAGGAGAAGUUAUAAUUUAACUGGUAAAGUAACUGCCGAAAUAUUAGAAAAAGUAGGAAUUAUUUGUUCGCCGGCUUUGACAACUCGCGGAUUAGGAAAAAAGGAAUUUCGGGAAAUUGCCGAAAUGAUUGAUUUAGUUUUGCAGAAUUAUAAGGAUAGGAAAAUAAUUAAAAGUGUGAAAAAUGAA